GAGGGACCGCCGGUUUGCUUGACGAAGAGGAAAGGCCGCCAUUGACGCCAUUCACUCAUCGGAAGUGAGCAGCAGCUCAGCUCUUUCUGUGCGUUCUCUUCUCAGCAGAGGCGCGAAGACGGAGAGAGGGAUGUCUAGGGUUUAAGCUCAGCUCCCGGUUCCAACCAACGGACGCAUGGAGAAAGAAGAAGAAGCAGCUUCUGCCCUGAAGCAAUUGCAGGAGUCCGUCGACGCUCACCCCGACGACCCCAACCUCCACUUCGAUCUCGGCGUUCACCUGUGGGAGAAGGGAGGCGGGAGCAGCGAGGACGCCGCAGCCGCGAAGGACCGAGCUGCCGAGCAUUUUGUGAUUUCUGCUAAGCUGAACCCCCAAAAUGCGGCAGCUUUCAGGUACUUGGGACACUAUUACGGUGAAGACCGGGAUGCCCAAAGAGCUAUCAAGUGUUACCAGAGAGCUGUCACUCUUAAUGCAGAUGACCGUGAAGCUGGGGAAGCAGCGUGCAAUUUGUUGGACCGAGAAGGGAAGGAGAGUUUGGAAGUGGCAGUAUGCAGGGAAGCUUCAGAUAAGUCACCCAGGGCUUUCUGGGCUUUCCGGAGAUUAGGUUACCUGCAGGUCCAUAAAAAGAAAUGGUCAGAAGCUGUCCCAAGUCUUCAGAGUGCCAUUCGGGGCUAUCCAUCCUGCACUGAUUUAUGGGAAGCGCUAGGUCUUGCUUACCAGCGGCUGGGCAUGUAUACUGCUGCUAUUAAGUCGUAUGGGAGAGCAAUUGAAUUGGACAGCGCUAGAAUUUUUGCUCGGGUGGAAAGUGGAAACAUUUUUAUGAUGCUUGGUUCCUUUAGAAAGGGAAUUGAACAAUUCGAGAAGGCGCUUGAGAUCUCACCUCAAAAUUUGUCUGCAAAUUAUGGACUUGCAUCUGCGCUGUUUGGCCUUUCUAGGGAAUGUAUCAAUACUGGGGCAUUUAGAUGGGGAGCCUCAUUAUUAGAGGAUGCAUCUAAAGUCAUGCGAUUGUGCACUCAACUUGCUGGAAAUCAAUCAUCCGUGUGGAAGCUGGAUGCUGAUAUUCAGAUUUUAUAUUCAAAAUGCUUCCCAUGGAUGGUUGAAGAGCAGGCUUUGCAACUAGAUGCAGGUGCCUUUAACAAGUCUAUCCUUUCAUGGAAUGAGACUUGCUGUUCAGCUGCAAGAUCGGCUAGAAUUUCUUAUCAGAAAGCACUGCAUGUGGCACCUUGGUGUGCUAAUAUCUACAUGGACAUUGCAAUAAGUUCUGAUCUCAUUUCCUCACUAAACGGCGCUUCUUGCAAUGAGAUAAAUUCUUGGCAGUUACCUGAAAAGAUGGCUUUGGGUGCUUUGUUACUUGAGUGUGAAAAUUACGAGUCGUGGGUGGCACUGGGAUGCCUAUCUGAUCAUGACGCAUUGAAACAGCAUUCCUUGAUCAGGGCAUUGCAACUAGAUGCAUCCCUUGCAGGCGCUUGGGCACACCUUGGGAAGCUCUAUAGAAGAUUCAACAAGCAAUUGGCAAGACAAGCAUUUGACAGUGCUAGAAGCAUAGAUCCUUCUCUUGCUUUACCAUGGGCCGGCAUGUCAGCUGAUUCUCAUACAGGCGAGGUUGUCCCAGAUGAGGCUUUUGAGAGCUGUUUGCGUGCUGUCCAGAUACUUCCUCUUGCAGAGUUCCAAAUUGGUCUGACAAAGCUUGCUCUUCUUUCAGGAUAUUCAGCAUCUUCACAGGUAUUUGGAGCCAUCUGCCAAGCUGUCCAGCGGGCCCCCAAUUACCCUGAAUCCCAUAAUCUGAAGGGGCUGAUAUUUGAGGCAAGGCGUGAUUAUCAGUCAGCUGUGGCCUCUUAUAGAGCAGCACGCCAUGCGAUCAGCAGAUUAUCUGGCACUUGUCCGGAAUCUUGUAUGAGAGAUGUAACUGUUAAUUUGGCAAGAUCACUCAGCAAGUUGGGGAAUGCUCUAGAUGCUGUGAGAGAAUGUGAUGAUUUGACAAAGGAAGGGCCGCUUGAUGAGGAAGGAUUGCAUAUAUAUGCCUAUUCUCUAUGGCAACUUGGCAAUAACGAGCUGGCUCUUUCUACGGCCAGAAAUCUCGCAGCCAAAAUUCCUAGCAUGGAAAAGUCGGCCAUGGCAGCCUCUGUUAGUUUUAUAUGCAGACUGCUGUAUUAUAUAUCUGGACUCGAUUCAGCAAUUAACAGCAUUCUAAAGAUGCCAAAGAAUCUGUUUGAGAGUGCAAAUAUCAGCUUUAUCUUGUCUGCAGUCAAUGUUUUUGAUGAAAAUGGUCGGUUGAACCAGAUCAUUUCUGGGAGCCGACGAUUUCUUACAUCUCAUGCAGACAUAUCAGAAAUGCAUUUUUUGAUUGCGCUAAGUAAGCUGAUCAAGAAUAGUUCCGAGUUUGGCCUUGGAUAUCAAACUGGAAUUCAUCAUCUUCGGAAAGCUCUUCACAUGUUUCCUAAUAGUAAUUUACUAAGGCAGUCCCUUGGUUAUCUUUUGCUGCUGAGCAAGAGAUGGACUGAUUCUCAUGUAGCAACUCGGUGCAGCAUCUUAAGCUCCUCUGGUUUUUCCCGUGAAGGAGGCCCCAGAUCUGCAUAUGAGAUCCUUGGCGCUGGAGCAGUUGCUUGUUAUGCUGUCGGGAAUAGCGGUCCCAAAUUUUCCUUCCCAACUUGCCCAUGCCAGUCCUUGAACCAACCUCAAGCUGUUCAACAGCUGCAAAGAUGGUUACAUCAAGAGCCAUGGAAUCCUAAUGCUCGGUAUCUGCUAAUACUAAACCUCUUACAAAGAGCACGAGAAGAGAAAUUUCCUCCACAACUGUGCGGUGCGAUUGGUAGGCUAAUUCAUGUGGCUCUGUCAAUUAAGUCAUAUCCGAUGGAAGAAACAUCCUUUCAGCAUCAACGGUUCCAGCUUCUACUAUGUGCUUCUGAGAUGAGCUUUCAGGAAGGGAACCAAGUUAAAUGCAUCAACCACGCGAGGGAAGCAUCAGAACUGCUGCUUCCUCACAGCUAUCUCUUCUUUGCACAUUUGUUAUUAUGUCGUGCGUAUGCUGUGGAAGGUGACUCGGAGAACGUUCAAAGAGAAUUUCUGCAAUGCUUGAAGUUCGGAACAGAUUUUCAUAUUGGUUGGAUCAGUCUGAAAUUGAUGCAACUUCUUUACAAUGUGGAAAACGAUUCGAAUAUCUUGGACUCCAGUUUGGAUGAUUGCUUGAAAAAGAGGGAGAGCUCACGAGAUAUGUGUGCCGCAGUCUUCAAUUUGAUAGAGGGUUUAGUCGCUUUGCAUAACAAGGAUUUCGCAUCUGCAGAAGAAUUUCUAGCACAAGCUUGCUCUUUGAUGGGUUCUGAUAGUUGCAGCUUGCUCUGUCACGGUGUUGCCUGUAUGCAGCUAGCAAAGUGGGGUUAUGGCGCACAGUUUCUAUCGGAUGCAAUAAGAAGCCUCCAGAAAGUGCGUGAGACGGCUAUAAUUCCCUUGCCAAUUGUUUCGACAUUGCUAGCCCAAGCAGAAGGAAGCUUGGGUUCUCGAGACAAAUGGGAGCAGAACCUUCGCCUUGAAUGGUAUACUUGGUCGCCAGAAAUGAGGCCCGCAGAGCUGUAUUUUCAGAUGCAUUUGCUUUCAGAGCAUUCCAACGCCGAGAAGACGUGCCCAGUUGUCAGGUGCCAAAGCCCUCUAAAAUGGGUCUCCCGAGCAAUCCACGUGGACCCGUCUUCUUCACGAUACUGGAAGAUCUUGCAGAAGCACGCAAGACCAACUGCUCUCGAGCAGUGUACUUAGUUCCACAACACGAGUUGGACCUAUAUUCUCAGGUAUCUGUCCGCAGCAUGCGUUGAGCAAGUUGUUCAUAGGGUCCUAUGCGUUGAGCAAGUUGUUCAUAGGUCCUAUUAAUUGUUGUUCCCCAGUUUAUGUAUAUCAGCUUCAUUUUCUUACUUCGCUAUGAUUUUCAUCAAUUGUAAAGAGAAAUGCAACUACUAACGAUUCAAUUCUAUGAUGUAACAUUGGCAACUGCUGAUUGCAGUUAUUUGCCCGA